CUGCCGGCGGUGGCCGUUGCUUGGCAACACUGCAUACAAAAUGGCGAAGUUUGUGGUAGCAGGGAGGACAAAUUGCCCUUAUUGUGCCAAGUGUGAAAUGGUGGCAGAUUAUCUUGCGCAAAGUUUGCCAGAUUUCAAUGUUCAUAAGAUUGGCAUACACCCGGAAAAUUGGCAGAAUUUUCAAAAAGAAAAAGUCAUGGCUUCAAACAAUAUGUACUGCAAAUAACUGGGAGCAUGAACACUCCCCAAUCAUAUGGCGAGAACUUGUGGACCGUGGAGGAAAGGGAUCGCUAUUAGGUGGAUUCAAUGAAUUUAUGGAGUAUGUGCAGGGUUACUAUGGAUAUUUUUCUGAUAUGCAAACUGACAUUAUGAUCAAAAUUGCAAAGGAGAACUUCUGUACUAGCAUAAACGAGCAGCAAGAUGAAAUGUCGAUGAGAAAAAAUCAGAUGAAACAAAUGUCAAUCUGGAUUAGUGGAGCAUUAAAUACUGCAUGCAGUAUUCUGAUUCCGAUCUUGAUAAGUGGAGAGAUAUUUGGUGAGAACCAGCUAAUCAACUUAAAUCUGUUGGACAACGAAGGCUCCAUGUCAUUGUUAAAUGGCUUGCAAAUGGAAGUUGAAGAUAUGGCCUGCCCACUGCUUUAUAAAGUAUCAGUGCACAAUAGCCUAAGAAAGCCUUUUAUGGAUGCCGACAUAAUUAUUAUUCUUGACGAUAUUGCACCAGAUGAAAAUCAACCAAUUGAAGACUCCUACAAAAGCAUAAUCAAUCUUUACCAAAACAUUGGGGUUAGGAUUGACACUUUUGCAAAAUCUGGUGUCCGUGUGAUUGUGGCUGGUGAUCACGUAUUGAAUUUGAAAAUACAUAAUCUUCUGCAAGGUGCAAUUUCAAUUGAUCGUAAUAAUAUUAUCGCACUGUCAACUCAACUUGAGGGAGAGACCAAGGCACUACUGGCUAGGAAAUUAAAAGUGAAUACACAAGACGUGAAAAGUGUAAUUGUUUGGGGAAACAUUGGCAGAACUACUUACAUUGACCUGCACAGAGCACGUGUUCAUCGAUACGAAAACGCAGUCUGGUGUCCAGCUGAUUUUUCACACUCUGUAAUGGAGGUAAUCAAUGAUAGUGAAUGGAUAGAGACCGAGUUCCAGGAAGCAGUACAUUCUCACCGAACAACACUUCAGCAGAUGGCAAUACGUCCUAUUGGUCUUUCCUUGGCCAAUGCAAUAUAUAAAGUCUUGCAGUACUGGUAUUUUGAUUCACCACCAGGGGAGAUACUGUCUCUUGGAGUUAUCAGUAAAGGUGAGUUCAAUAUUCCUGCGGGUCUUAUCUUCUCUAUGCCAGUUCGAUUUUGUGGUGGAAAAUGGGUGAUCCAAACCGACAUUGAGAUCAGCAAGAAAACCCAAAGAAAGUUGCAAUACAUUGUUCAAGAACUGAAAAUGGAGGAAAGUAUAGAUUUCUCUCCCAUAACUGAAAUGGACAUGGGAAACAGUCUCUCAUCUGUUGCAGAGCAUUUACCAGAAUCCAUUGGAGAAAUAGUUCAGGAGGAAGAUAAUGCCAAAGAAGAAUAACGAUCAAUAAUGUAGGUGUUUAUCACCUUUUUAGCUGCACCGAUGUAUUAAGUUUGAAGAAUAUCUGGAUGUUUAAGAGAGCAUCUUAUGAUACCCCUGUUGGAGAAGGGACAUUUUACCUUUGGCAUACAAAGAACUUUUGUUCAAAUUUGUUUUUUGGGGGGGGGAAUUUAGAAAAGGACGCAGUUACUGUCCAUCCCUAAUUGCUACUGAUCAGCGUCACCUGCUAGACCUUGUCGGGACAUUUAAGAGUUAGCCAAUUGCUAUACACAUGGAGUUAAAUUAUCGAACAUAAUGGGUAUGGCAGAUUUCCUCCCCUGUAGGACAUUAGUGAACGAGAUGGGGUUUAAUGACAGUUUAGUAGCAUUGUGUUCAUCAAUAACAAAUUGACUGAGUUUGUAGAAUAGUGUCUAAUUUAAAGGCAACAGAUUUGGGUUAUCUCAUAGUUUAUAUAUAAUGGUACAAAUCAACCAAAAUAUGAGGCAACGUAAAAAUUUUAAGUAAGAAAAAUUUAGAUAGUUUUUUUCCCUCAUUCUGUUUUGAUUUACUUCCAAAUUUCUGUUACUUCAAGGAAAUGUUAGCUGAACAUGUUAUGUCAUCCCCAUCAUGCAACGGUGCAUUCUGUUUUGAUUUAUAUCAGCUCAUAGGACUAUUUUUCAUCAUAUCCCUUUUUCUUCUAUUGUAGGCUCUGAACCAUAUUUAUUGAUAUCUGACCCCCCCAAAAGUUUUUAAAAAAAAGAUAAUGGAAAUGGUUUUAUUCAUCAAAAGGCCAACUAUUGCAUACUAUUAAACCAACUAAUAAGUGGAUCACUCCACCGGGUUAACUUUUAAAUCCUUUUUUUAACGUUUAUUUGGGAUUUCUUGGAUACCUUUUCAUAGAUUAGUGAAUAUUAGUGAUAUCAUCAGGAUGGUUAGGUGGAGGAGCUAUAGAACUCUAUAAAGAAUCAAGCCAUCAAUGUUUAUGAAAGUACUGUAAAUGAUUAGUGAUCGCAUUGUUUCAUUGAUUUACAUUGACUCAUCUAAUUUGCAGCAUUUGGGUUACUUUGUGUUCAAUGAAACAGGAGAUACCAUGAAGACAUAAGGAGUUGAGGAAAAGGAUAGAAAGACUGUAUGAUUCACAACAUCACAAUUAUCACCAUUAUUCAUUUUCUAGGAAAUGCACUUUAGUGACAAUAGCUUUGAAACUAGCUUCAGGGAAUAGUCCUGGGAGGUUUAUUCCUUACAUGGUAAGGCAUCACGUAUAUUCCAAGGUCUGUAAUAUAAACUGAAUUAAGUAACACAUUUCAGAAAUAGAUGUUUACAAAAAAAACACAAUAUCCACGUCCUCUGGAAAUAUUGCUUCCUGCAGUCCUCUGUGCCAAGCAACCAAGCAGACACUUACAUACCCCA